AAUUGUCUUGAAUUAAAGGAAGAAACAAAAAAAAUAUAGCAGAACAGAGCAAAUGUUUUGUAAAUAAAUAUUAGUAGAAAAAAGUAAAGAUAAAAAUGCGUUUAUGUGCUGUUUUAUAUGUGUAUAAAGGGGAAUGGGGUCUACCAUCCAUAGAUUUUGAGUGUUUGCGCGUACUGUGUUUAGUCAAAUUUACUCGAUGUCCCGUGACAAUAGAAACAAAUUCCAAUCCCCUACGUUCCGGUGCCGGUAAAUUACCCUAUCUUCAAAUUGGCAAUGAAAAAUUUGUGGGUUAUAGACAGAUAAAGAAAUUAUUAGACAAAGAAGGUUAUCCCAUAGAUGCCAAAUUAAAACAGAAGGAAAAACAUUUAUCGGAAUCAUUUUCCAAUUGGGUGUUUACAAAUCUGCAUGCCUAUUAUCAUUAUUUUGUAUUUGGCGAGCCAAAUAACUUUGAAAUAACCAGGUCAUUUUAUGCCAAAAGAACACCGUUUCCAUUCAACUUUUAUUAUCCGUCCUCGUAUCAAAAGGAGGCUUAUGAUAUUGUUUAUACCAUGGGUGGUUUCGAUAUAGAUGAUAAAUUGGAGCUGCAUGAAGGAGACUAUCUGACAAAUAAUGCAAAAAAAUGCAUUAAUGUUUUGUCAAAACGUUUGGGACGCAAUGUGUGGUUUUUCGGUGAUCAGUUUAGUGAAUUAGAUGCCAUUGUGUUUUCCUACUUGUCCAUUUUAUCGAAAAUUACGCUGCCGAACAAUCCCAUACAAAAUCACAUUAAAGGUUGUCAAAAUUUAGUAUAUUUCAUUAAUCGGAUAUCACGAGAUGUCUUUAAGAAGGAAAUAUUCAAUUCCAUAAACACUAGUAAAGAUGAUGCCUCACCCAAUAAUCCUCUGCUAACGGCAACAGAACGUAAGUUCCUAGAAUCUGAAAAGAAAACUAAAAUACUGGCUGGUAUAGCAGCCGUAGUAGCUAUGUCUUCAUUUGCCGCUAUGAAAAUUUUCUUUAAAAAGAAGUUCUCCAACACUCAGGAAUAUUAUGAUGGUUUAAAUUACGAUGACGAUGAUGAGUUUGAAGAAGAUGAUAUGGAUUGAGGUGAUAGUUUAAAAAAAACAGAACUGCCUUUUAUUGUUAGUUUUUGGUUAUAAGUUUUGCCUUAAUUAUGCAUUAAUAUCAUUUAUAUAUUCAAUUCUUCCAAUGAAAUCGUUUUUAUUAUAUGAUUUCCAAGAAUAAUUGUGUGUAAAUGUUUUUUAAAGAUAAUACCAAAAAAUAGUAAGAUUUCCUUUGUUUUAAAUGCUUUUGGUAAUGCAUGUUAGUAAUGUUGUUAAACAAGUUUUUAGCUGCUAUUUUAAAUAGCAUUACUAUCUUUGAAUUUUAUUAUAGUAUUUGUUUUUCCUUAUUUGAUUUAACAGUUGGUUUGUUAUUCACAUUUAUUUUUCGAAAUAAAAACGAUCUAAUUGUUUUAUUUAUAAA